AUGGCUAGCGAUAGGAGUGGCUCCCACGUGCCCCCUUACCCCGCCACGUUGCGUCGAGAAGUAGUCGACGACUUUCGACACAAGCUCGAUGGCUCCAACGGUCUGCGCGAGAGUAUUCGAGGAGUCGACUUGGAGAUUAAGUCCGUCACGAGGAUUAGCUUGUGGAUGUUGUUUGAACUUAUAUGGAGGGAGUACUUGAGGUUUCUAUCCAUCAAGCAAGGAAAUUCUAUUUUUCACUCAGGCGGUCCACGGAAUGUAAAGCCUAAUUGGAUCCAAGACCAAGCACUUUUGGAUGCUUUGAGGGAUAGUCGAACUAGACUUAGUCGGACAUGGCUGAACGCCGUCCAAGUUGCUGGCCGAACUGGACAUCGGGCCAAGGCGCAACGUCGUGCUGGUCGGACACCGGUGGGAGGACUGGAGCGUGGUAUGCCAUGGUGCUUCACGGACAAAUCAUGA